CCUGUCUUUGCUUUUCUCUGUUUCAGGUGGUCCUGUGUCCUGUGGCUCUACGAUACCGACUUGCUAUCUAUCCAUCUAGCCAGCUACAGGUAUUCUGGAAGACAGUCUGAGUUUGUGUGAGCUGUAUUUGCGUAUAGUUCAAGAUGGAUCGUCCGUUGGAAUCUGGCCGAGACAGAGACCAUCCCUAUGGCGGUGGCGGAGGGGGGCGACGAGACAACCACUACGGUGGUGGCGGUGGCGGUGGCUACAAUAACAACCGAAGAGGCCGAGGGAGGGGACGAGGUGGCUUUCGUGGAAGGGGACGCGGCAGAGGUCGAGGUGGACGAGGAGGUCAUCACCAUCACCAUCGAAAUAAUCAACAUCACCGCAACAACAAUAAUCGCGACAACAAUCGGGAAUGGCAAGAUCCCAAUGCGGUCCUCAUUACUCAAUUGUCCGUCAUGGUCAGUCGCGUGGGUGAAUACAAAGUCGCAGAUGAUCCUCCUGUGAACACGGCCAAUCUGCGUCCCGUCGUGGCCGUCUGCGCCCAGAAUAUUUCCAGCUUGUCCACAGUCGUCUCCAAACCGACCAGUAUUGCCACCUUUCUCAAAUUCAUUCCCCCACCUCCUCCCAAAAAAGCAACAGAAAAUGCCACGGGAUUUGGAUUCACGCGAUCACCUCCCAAACCAGAAGAUCAGGCAGGGCCCAUGGCACACCUCAUUGUCAGUUGUGCGGCCACGCUGCCACUCCAAACACCCUCCUAUGCCGCAUUGACCAUGGCCGUCAAUGCCUAUUCCAAAUCGCACGAGGAUUAUGCCGGAUUUGCUGGUCGAUGUGUCACAUACACGCUACAACGAUUGUCCUGUGAUAUGGAUUUGCUACUGCUUCAAAAAGCGGAAGAACGAUCCAAAAUUGCCUGUCGCAUCAAAUUGCUAUUGCGCUAUCUGGCACUCCUCGGUAAAUUGGAAGUUAUUCAAGUACGGGACAACAGCGAUCAAGAAGAAACAAAUAACGAAGAAGAAAACGAGGACGAUGAUCCGGAAAUAGCCAAAAAAUCACUUUUGGGGUUCUUGCAACAAUUCGUCGAAGCGGCCGUGGCAGCGGCACCUACCGAAGAUGCCUUUGCGCCCACAACGUCUUUUAAUGCGGCAGCACCCUUGGUUUUGGUCUAUUUCAUUCUCAGUACCAUUCCCUAUUUGGCAUCCUACGUACCUGUCGAUGUGAUUCAGGAACUAUUGUUGGAUCCCCUACAACCACUACUGGGACCCUAUUCCUCGUCUUUUUCACCGGGAGUCGGCAUGACGGCUAUUUUGCUAAAGGAAGAACAAGCAGAGGGUGAUGAAGAAGAAGAGGAUGACGACGAUGAAGAGGAGGAAGAAGAACAAGCAUCCGAAGUCGUUUGUGACAGCUUGCAAGAUUUGAAUCGAUCCGUACAACUCUUGCUGAAACAAAUUGCCAACGACGACAACACGGCCAAGGCCAGAUUCGCUCUCUUGACGGAUGAGCCUUGGAAGGGUGUCUCGGGGCCACCGAAGGCAGCUUCGGAUACUGCCAUGGAUACGGCGGCGCCCACGACCGAAGGAAACGGUCAAGAUCAACCCAUCAAGCAAGAGGAGGAACAACAAGAGCAAGACACACCGGCUCCCGAACCAUUGGUCAAUCCGGACCCACCCAUACGCUUGAUCUUGCCCAAGGGAGGAUUUCAAUCGUUGGCUGUCAUGACCAAUCCACAACAACCCAAUGAACUCGAGGAAGACGCCAACAAUAGUAGUGCCCCUAAAAUCCAGUCGUUUCCUCUCGAAGUUGUGGUCUUUGGCCGGUUGCCAAUUUUUGGAGCACCCAAAGGAAACGAUGACGAGACUAAUAAUAACGAUGACGACGAUGACAUGGAAGAUGACGACGCCCCUGCUAAUGAACAGGUGGCGGCGUACAGCAAAGAGUUUGGCAUCUUGGAUCGAUGCUUCCUGGCCGAUGCCAUUCGAGAUUUGCUAUGCUGUCUCGAAUCGGCCGUCUCGGCCACGGGCUUGGAACGUGGCUCGGUCAAGGCUGUUGCGGAACAGCUCUGGUCCUUGGGACAUGUCUUUGGCGGUGGCACUACAACUAAUACUGCGGCAUCACCACCGACUGGUCUGGAGUAUGGCAUUUUGGAAGUAAUGCUCUCUUUGAUCGUGCAGUCAUCUUCCAACAGCACGUUUCGACAGGUCUAUCUGUCUCGAGUGUUGUUGGAGUUGACCAGAUUGCAGCCAUUAUUGGUAUCUCCGGCCCUCGCCCUGGCAGUCUCCAACUUGUUUCAGGACUACACUCCGUCGUUGGUGCCCGCGGCAAGAUACAAUCUGGGUUGUUGGUUGGCGUUUCAUUUGGUCAACACCGACUAUCAAUGGCCAGCUGCCUAUUGGACUCACUGGCAAGCUCAUGUCGGCGAUGGCAAGAACCUGAAUAGCCGAGGAGUUGUCGUCAAGACUACUUUGCAUUUCUUGAUGGAAAACGUACACAACCCAUCCAACUUGGUCAAGGACUGUCUGCCAAAGGAAUGCACCGGUUUAGUGAGCCAAAUCGUGUGCCCCUUUCAAGCUGAUGAAAUGGAGGAUGGUUCUGUCAUUGACAAUACCGAAAAGGACAUUCGAAGAAGGGUUUGGGACGACGACGAACACCCAGAUACAUUGUUGAAUUACCUGAUUGGCGAAGAAUUAUCAGAGGCCAUAGCUGGAGAUGUCUUGGAUGCAAACUCUAGUCCAAAGCGGAUGUGGUGCCGCAGUGGGUUAUUGCUCCGUGCAUUGUUGCAGCCAUUGGAAAGGGAACACCGGCGUCUGCUGGGAACAAUUGAACAGGCACAGAAGAGCAUGGUCAAAACGGAAGGGGAAGAAAAAGCAGCGAUGGAAGAGGAUGAAGAGUUGUCGGAUGAUACAUUGACUGUCAUAGAAGAAGUUCUAGUGCGUCAUGGGAGGACUCUUACUGGUGCUAUUCAGAAGGAUAAGGAGAUUCUCGAGAAAGUGCUGGAAGGAACCGAGAAGGAUGGCAAUCAUCUGACGACAUGCGAGCCGUAUCUGCUGAGCAUUCUGGCUACGAAGGGUGCGUUUUCAAGAACGGUCGUAGAAGCCUGCCUGGCAAACCUCCUUCAGCAAUCUGUCUUGAGCAGCUUGGGCGUACUUCGUUGGGCUCUUGGUGAGCUUGUGGCAAGGGAGGGGAGCGAACAGCCUUUGGUUACAGAGAGAUGGUGGGACUUUGCCGUGGACGCCAUUCGCAAUGAGCUGACCAAGAAGCUAGCAGAAUCCAACGACGCAGGUGGUGGAGGCAUGGUCAUUGAUAGAACAGGUGAAAACACCGCAGAGGCCGAGUCUGGAGCUCCCCAGGACGGAAACGUGCCGGGCUCGAAAACUCUUGCAGCUAUUGAGUCGACCGGCCCACUCCUUGAUUACAUUGUGAGAAGGGCAUGCACUCUCCUCUCCGAACAAACUGAUGAUCAGCAGCACGGCAACAAGCUCAAGCCACUACAAGUGGAUCUUGUGGAAGGCGUCAAGGCGUGUGUUCGUGCGACUCAUGGCUUAUUCAUGUCAGAGCUGAAAAAGCUCAAGGACAAUGGGCCGUCGGAGAGAGACAUCAAGGAUUGCCUUCAAGAAUCGAGUGUGGCGGGCACGAAGCUUGCUGGUGUUUGUUCCGAAUUCAGCGGCAGUAAUGCUCUGAUCCUUCUGCGCGAUUCCCUCACAUCUGUAUAAGACAGGGACUAAAGUAAAGGUAUAAGAUAUUUAAAAGUUGUGUUGUUUUGUU